AUGAUUCCAUUUAUAAUUUUAAUUACUGUGUUUAUUCAAAAUCCUGUUCAAGGAACAAAUUAUGAACCGAUUAUUGUUCAAGACUUUGUGAACUGUGUAAGCGAUAUCAUGAAAAGGAGCUUUCCUAAACCUGGAUAUUUAAUUUUUGCCAACACAUAUACCAAUAAUACCCUAGUUGAAAGAAUUAGAAGUGACGUUUUAAAAACAAUUCAUGAAAGUAAUAAAUACAUCGUUCAAAUAUCUUAUCCAGAUAAAUGUCCAAUAUGUCCUAAAGGACAAAACGUUAAUUAUAGCUAUGUUCGUAAGGACCCAUACAUCGGAAUGCCAGUUGCUGAUUAUUUUGUUAUGAUUAUAGAAAAUUAUAGAGAUUUCAGUUAUUUUGCAAGAAAAUUAAUUCGAUCGCGUUUCUGGAAUCCGUAUGCCAAAUUCGUAAUCAUGCUUAUACGAUUUACGAAGAACGAUGUUGAAAAUCACAAACAAAUUGAAAAUAUGCUAAGCUGUCUAUUUUACUACAACGCAAUAAACGUAAUCGUUGGUGUUCCUAAAGCGUCAAAUGUACGAAAUGCAAUAAUUUACAGCUGGAGACCCUAUGAUCCGCCAACAUAUUGUGGAAAUUUGAAUGACACCGCCGAGAACAGACUUGUUGUUGAAAAUUUAUGUGAAAAAGGAACUGUGAAGUAUAACAAGAAUAUCUUUGAAAAUAAGAUUCCUAAUGACAUGAAAGGUUGCGUUUUACAAAUAUUAGCUCUUGAAAGGCAACCAUUUAUUGGCAUAAAUGAGUCUGAUGUUAAUAUAGAAAAAAUACUUGUAAAUACAAUGUUUAAGAGAUUCAAUUUUUCUGUAAAAUAUAAAACUAUUAGUGGUUUUAGAGGAGAACGAAAUGAACAAGGUGUAUGGAAUGGAGCUCUUAAGGAUUUGGUUUCGAGAAAAGGGCACAUACUUUUGGGUGGUAUAUUUCCAGACUUUGAUGUACACGAAGAUUUCGAAUGCAGCUCUACGUAUUUAGCCGACUCAUACAUUUGGGUUGUACCUCGAGCCUACCCUUCACCGCCUUGGGUAUCACUUACGAUAACAUUUCAGGACUUUGUCUGGUAUUCUGCGAUUGGUGGAUUUAUUUUAUGUAUUUUAGCUUGGAAAUUUUUAGGACAACUUAGUGGAGACUCUUAUUACAACAAAAAUUUUGGCCAUUGCUUACUCAAUACAUGGAUAUGUUUGUUAGGUUUCUCUGCGUACGUUCGUCCCAAAAAACAAAGCUUACGUAUAUUUUUCAUCUUUUUAAAUUUAUAUGGUAUUCUAUUUUUGACAGCGUAUCAAACUAAGCUGAUUGAUGUUCUUCAAAAUCCUACUUAUGAAAAUCAUAUCGAUAAUGUUGAAGAGUUGGUGCACAGCGAGUUAAAAUUUGGCGGUAUUCAGGAAUUACACGAUUUAUUUUUCAAUUCUAGUGAUCCCUUCGAUAAUUUAGUAGGAGAAAAAUGGACUGAUGUAUCAAAUAUAUCCGAAGCAUUGAAAGAUUUAAUUUUAUAUCGAAACUUUUCAGUGUUGUGCAGUCAAUUUGAACUUUCAUACCUGUCGGCUAUUAUACCUUAUCUCAACGAUGCUAAUGGUGAUGAUAAUUAUUAUAGCUUUCCCACGUCUACGUUUUCAGUACCUCUAGAAAUGAUCGCUUUAAGAGGGUUUCCUUUCAUGAAAAAGAUCUCACAUUCUCUAAACUUACAUAAACAGUUAGGGAUAAAUACGAAAGUGAGGAAUUAUUUCGCUGAGACAAGUAGAAGAAAACGAGUAAAGUUACUACAAUCAUUACAAAAUAAAGAUGAACAUUUUAAUGCUUUAUCUUUUCAACAUUUACAGGGAGGGUUCUUCGCGUUGGCUGUAGGAGUGUCAGGUGGAUUAUUUAUUCUCUUGUUAGAACUAAGUUCGACUAAUAAUUUCAUUAAACGCAACGUAUUAAAAAAGACACCUUACUAA